CCGCGCCCGACCGCCGCCCGACCGCCAUCACCCGGCCCAGUCGCGCCCGCGGAACCAGACCAGGCAGAUCGGGAGUGGUGCCGAGAAAAAUUUCCUUACUAGAUGACAUUUCAUCGCAAUGUCCGAUCGUUUGGGGCAAAUAACCAAGGGCAAGGAUGGGAAAAGCAAGUAUUCGACUCUCAGCCUGUUUGAUAAGUAUAAAGGAAAAUCAGUAGAUGCGGUCAGAUCCUCAGUUAUUCCUAGACAUGGCUUACAGAGUCUCGGGAAAGUGGCCACAGCCCGGCGCAUGCCACCACCUGCAAACCUGCCAAGCUUGAAGUCUGAAAACAGAGGAAACGACCCCAACAUCGUGAUAGUUCCCAAGGACGGGACGGGAUGGGCAAACAAGCAGGAUCAGCAAGACCCAAAGAGUUCCAGUGCGACGGGCUCUCCGCCGCCGGAGUCGCUGCCGCAGCCGGGUUUGCAGAGGCCUGUCUCCAGCUUACAGAAGCCGACACAGUCGAGCAGCCAGGAGAACACAAAUUCAGUGCCAGGUGGACCAAAGUCAUGGGCACAGCUGAAUGGAAAGCCAGCAGGACACGAAGGUGGUUUAAGGGGCUCAAGCCGACUGUUAUCCUUCUCUCCCGAGGAGUUUCCGACGCUGAAAGCAGCUGGAGGGCAGGACAAGGCUGGCAAGGAAAGGGGCGUCUUCGAUCUGUCGUAUGGGCCAGGACCAAGCCUCCGCCCUCAGAAUGUGACAAGCUGGAGGGAGGGCGGUGGGCGAAACAUAAUUUCUGCCACGUCUCUGAGCGCCUCCCCAACUGAGCUGGGCAGCAGGAACUCGAUUGCGGGAGACGGAGCCCCCUCCUCGGCAUGCACCAGCGAUUCUAAGGACCCCUGUCUCCGCCCGGCUCAGCCUGUCCGCAAAGGGGCUUCACAGUUCGUGGGAAAUGUAUACCACCCACCUACAUACCAUGACAUGCUUCCUGCUUUUAUGUGUUCACCACAGUCAUCAGAGAACCAGGGUACAGUGGAACGAGGAUCUUUUCCCCUUCCCCAGCUCCGUCUUGAACCCCGUGUUCCUUUUAGACAGUUCCAGAUGAACGACCAAGAUGGGAAGGAGAGCAGGCUGGGCACGACUCGUCCCAUCCGCCCGCUGAGGCAGCUGGUGGGCCGGGCACCGCGGCCCACCAUCAUCAAUGCUGAAAACCUGAAGGGCCUGGAUGACCUGGAUGCAGACGCUGACGACGGCUGGGCAGGCCUGCACGAGGAAGUGGACUACUCCGAGAAGCUGAAGUUCAGUGAUGACGAAGAGGAGGAGGACGUUGGGAAGGACGGCAGGCCCAAGUGGAGCAGUUGGGACCCCAGACGGCAGCGGCAGGUGUCAAUGAGCUCCGCGGACAGUGCUGACGCCAAGCGUCCCCAGGAGGAAGGAAAAGACUGGGGUGAAGCAGUGACCCGUGUCAUCCGGAAAGUGCCAGAACCUCAGCCACCUUCCAGGAAACUUCACAGCUGGGCGUCCGGCCCUGACUACCAGAAGUCCUCGCUGGGCAGCAUGUUCCGACAACAGUCUCUUGAGGACAAAGAGGACAAGCCAGCCCCACGGCAGAAGUUUCUGCAGUCGGAGAUGUCUGAGGCUGUGGAGCGAGCCCGGAAGCGCCGGGAGGAAGAGGAGCGCCGAGCCCGGGAAGAGAGGCUGGCUGCCUGUGCCGCCAAGCUUAAGCAGCUGGACCAGAAGUGCAAGCAGGCUCAGAAGGCGGGCGAGGCCCAGAAGCAGGCAGAGAAGGAGGUGCCCCGAUCUCCAGGCACUGAGAAGCCGCCCCCACAGGAGAAUGGCCCCGCUGUGCGCAAAGGCUCUCCUGAGUUCUCUGCCCAGGGAGCCCCCAGCACGUUUUCAGAAGAAGCCCCCACGGCUCCUCCAGCCGUGGCCCAGAGCGGCGGCAGUGAGGAGGGGGCCAGGGAGGCUGGGUCCCCGGCGCAGGAGUUCAGCAAGUACCAGAAGUCACUUCCUCCCAGAUUCCAGCGCCAGCAGCAGCAGGAGCAGCUGUACAAAAUGCAGCACUGGCAGCCGGUGUACCCGCCGCCAUCCCACCCACAGCGCACCUUCUACCCCCACCAUCCCCAGAUGCUGGGCUUCGAUCCCAGGUGGAUGAUGAUGCCUUCCUACAUGGACCCACGAAUCCCACCCACUCGCACCCCAGUGGAUUUCUACCCGUCUGCCCUCCACCCCUCGGGACUGAUGAAGCCCAUGGUACCCCAGGAUGCCCUCGGGGGGACCGGCUGCCGCUCUGAGGACCAGAGCUGCGCGCCACCACUGCAGGAGAGGAAAGUGGCCGCCCUCGACCCAGCCCCCGUGUGGAGCCCCGAGGGUUACAUGGCAUUGCAGAGCAAGGGCUACUCGCUUCCCCCGCCGAAAUCCAAUGACACUUUGGCCAUGGACGUGCACGUCAGGAAUGAAAGCUCUUACUCUGCCUCACCCGGAAGGUCAGGGGGCGUAGGUGCCCAGCGCGAUCUCCUUGAGGAGAGAGGGGAGGAGUUCUUGAGUGCUUUUGACAAGAAGGCCCAAGCAGACUUUGACAGCUGUGUCUCUUCUCAAAGAAUAGGCCAGGAGCUUUUGUUUCCACCCCAAGACCAUGUUCAGGAAGCAGGUGCUCCUGGGGGUCACACCCCAGACCUCAGGUGUUCCCCGCUGGAGCCCGACUUUGCCCCAGCCGAGAAAAAGCCAGAGUAUAGCAAUUGGGACGUUAGCCACCCGCCAGAGGCCACCGACACAGCCAACAGCAUCGAGAAGGGGGCGCCACGGGAGGAGCCAUCGUUUAACGUCUCCUCCUGGGAGAAGGAAGGGAGCCCCAACGAUCAGCCGUCCCUGCAGCCCGAGUGGACGCCUGAGCCCCGGGGCCCCAGUGGCCAGCACCCGGAGCAGACCGGCAGGACGCGGAGGUCUGGGCCCAUCAAGAAGCCCGUGCUGAAAGCCCUCAAGGUAGAGGACAAGGAGAAGGAACUCGAGAAGGUGAAGCAGGAGCUGGGGGAGGAGGGUGCCCGCGUGGCCAAGGAGAAGGGGCCGGUUUGCGCGGCGGACAAGGAUGAGGACCAAGAGAACGACCCUGCGCUGGCCAAUUCCUCCCCCUCCCUGUUGGAGGACCAGGGCUCCGCCCGCGCUGGCUUGGGCCGUGAGGCCAGCAGGUGUGCAGGGGACGAGAAGCCCGACGGGGCCUGGGAGAGCAGACCCCCCCGGGAGUGCAGCGACACCCCCCCGACAAAGAGGAAUAACUGGAUCUUUAUUGACGAGGAGCAAGCCUUUGGGGGCCGAGGGCAGACCCGGGGCCGCGGCCGCGGCUUCCGAGAGUUCACGUUCCGAGGGCGGCCUGUGGGCGGCGGUCCCGGCCUCUGCAGCGGGGGGGUACUCGGGGCGCGGGGCAUGUACGGCGGCGGCCCGAGGAGCGGCCGCGGCCGGGGGCUGCGGGACCUCGGCCAGCCGGAAGACUUCCCCAGGGCCAAGCCGCGGCGGCGCAUCGCCAGCGAGACCCACAGCGAGGGCUCCGAGUACGAAGAGCUUCCCAAGCGGCGGCGACAGCGAGGCUCGGAGAACGGGAACGAAGCCGCCCUCCUGGAGCGGGAGGGCGGUGCCCUGAGGAAGGGGGACUUCAGGGACUCCUGGCGCUCCAGCAAGGUGUGCUCCGAGGACCACAGCAGCCUGGAGGCUAAGAGCCGAGGCCCUCGCGCCUUUGGCCGGGCGCUCCCUCCCCGGCUGAGCAGCUGCGGCUACGGGCGGAGAACCUUCGUGUCCAAAGAGGCCGCCCACUGGCAGAGCAAGAGCCCGGGCGCCUCCUGGCAGGAGUACAGCUCCCCAGACGCGUGCGGGUCCCGGCGACCUGCAGACAGGGACUGUGUCCCUGAUGCCUACAGACAUUCUGACUCUUUUGGUGCCAGGGCCUUCGAGGACAGCCGCCUGGAGGACAAGAGGCCCUUCUUCCCUGACGACCACACGGCCGACCCAGAAGGCACAGAGAACCGGCCGUUCCGGAGAAGGCGCCCUCCUCGCCAGGACAAGCCACCACGCUUUCGGCGCCUCCGGCAGGAGCGGGAAUCCCUGGGCCUCUGGGGGCCCGAGGAGGAGCCCCGCCUGCCGGCAGGGCCAUGGCCAGGCCGGCCCAAGCUCUGCCCCGGGGACAAGAGUGGGUCUCCCGAGCUCUCGUACCAGAACUCGUCUGAUCACGCCAAUGAGGAGUGGGAGACGGCCUCUGAGAGCAGCGACUUCAGCGAGAGGCGGGAGCGGCGCGAGGGCCCAGGGGCUGAACCCGACCCCCAGGCGGACGGCAGCCUGCCCGGGGCUGCUGUGGGCGAGAAGAAGGAGCUGGCCAAGAGGAGCUUCUCCAGCCAGAGGCCCCUGGCCGACAGGCAGAGCCGAAAGCUGGAGCCGGGGGGGUUUGGGGAGAAGUCGGUUAGGCCAGGUGGUGGUGACACUUCUCCCCGUUAUGAGAGCCAACAGAAUGGGACGCCUUUGAAAGCCAAAAGGUCCCCAGACGAGGCCUUGCCUGGAGGUCUUGGUGGUGGCGGUGGUGGGAGCGGCCACUACGCGCUGGAGCGACCAGCCCAUGCCACUUCUGACGCCCCCGACGCCCCCUGUGAGAAGGCAGAGAAGGAGGCCAAGCUGGCUGUUCAGAGGGCGGGUGAACAGGGAGAGACCAUGAAACAGUUUGACCUGAACUACGGAAAUUCCAUCAUUGAAAACUGCGGGUCCAGCCCUGGGGAGGAGAGUGAAGUGGGCCCCAUGGCGGGUGAAGGCUUCAUCGAGGUCCUCACCAAGAAGCAGCGCCGCCUGCUGGAAGAAGAGAGGAGGAGGAAGGAGCAGGCCGUGCAGAUGCCCGUCAAGGGGCGAGGUCUUUCCUCCCGUAUUCCUCCCCGGUUUGCUAAAAAGCAAAACAACUUGUGCCUGGAGCAGAGUGACGUGACCGUGCCCAGCAGUAGCCUGGGCACCGAGAUUUGGGAGAGCAGCAGCCAGGCCCUCCCCGUUCAGGCCCCGACCAACGACUCCUGGACAAAAGCCGCCACUGCCUUCAGCAGCGCCGAGCCUGGCUCCGCCGAGCAGGGUUUUAAGAGCAGCCAGGGGGACAGCGGCGUUGACCUGAGCGCUGAGUCUCGGGAGUCGUCUGCAACCUCCUCCCAGCGCAGCUCCCCGUACGGCACCCUGAAACCAGAGGACAUGAGCGGGUCUGGCCUGGAGCCCAAGGCUGACGGCCACAAGGAGCAGGCUCAGAAGCAGUCCGAGCCGAAGGAUGCAGAACAAGGGUCAGGACAGAGCAAGGAGCACAGACCGGGACCCAUCGGCAAUGAGCGGUCUCUGAAAAACAGAAAGGGCUCAGAGGGGGCCGACCGGCUGCAGGGGGCCGUCGUCCCACCUGUUAACGGGGUGGAGAUUCACGUGGACUCUGUGUUGCCGGUGCCGCCCAUUGAAUUUGGAGUCAAUCCAAAAGACUCUGAUUUCAGCUUGCCGCCUGGCUCUGCCUCCGGUCCUGCGGGGAAUCCGGUCGUCAAACUUCAGGAUGCCUUGGCCAGUAACGCGGGCUUGGCGCCGAGUAUUCCCAUUCUCCGGCGUGACCAUCACAUCCAGAGGGCCAUCGGCCUCUCCCAGAUGUCCUUCCCCACUGCGGACCUCACCCUGAAGAUGGAGUCUGCACGCAAGGCUUGGGAAAACUCACCCAGUUUGCCGGAGCAGAGCUCUCCCAGCGGGACGGGCUCAGGCAUCCAACCCGCAUCGUCUGUGGGAGCCUCCAACGGGGUCAGCUACAGCUCCUUUGGUGGGGUUUCCAUGCCGCCUAUGCCUGUGGCCUCUGUCGCGCCUUCAGCUUCUCUUCCAGGCAGCCACCUGCCGCCUCUCUACCUGGACGGCCACAUGUUCGCAAGUCAGCCCCGGCUGGUUCCCCAGACCAUACCUCAGCAGCAGAGUUACCAGCAGGCUGCCGCUGCCCCGCAGAUCCCACUUUCCCUUCACACGUCUCUGCAGGCUCCAGCCCAGCUGGGACUGAGGGGUGGGCUGCCCGCCUCCCAGGCUCAGGAGAUCUUCAGCUCCUUGCAGCCCUUCAGGUCUCAGGUGUACAUGCAUCCCAGCCUGUCGCCGCCCAGCACCAUGAUUCUCUCUGGAGGCACAGCCUUGAAGCCUCCGUACUCGGCAUUCCCCGGCAUGCAGCCCUUAGAGAUGGUGAAGCCCCAGUCCGGCUCCCCCUACCAGCCCAUGAGUGGAAACCAAGCCCUGGUGUACGAGGGCCAGCUGGGUCAGGCUGCUGGCCUGGGCGCCUCCCAGUUGUUGGACUCCCAGCUCCCACAGCAGCUGACGAUGCCGCUGCCGGGCUCCCAGCUCCCCCUGCCACGGUAUGGCUCUGGGCAGCAGCCCCUGAUUCUGCCACAGUCCAUCCAGCUGCCGCAGGGGCAGAGCCUCUCGGUCGGGGCCCCCCGAAGAAUCCUUCCACCCGGCUCCCAGCCUUCGGUCCUUAACACCAGCAGAGAGUCCUCUCAGAUGGAGAUGAAGGGCUUCCACUUUGCCGACAGUAAACAGAAUGUUCCUUCCGGAGGCUCCGUGGCAUCACCGCAGACUUACAGGCCUAGCUCUGCUAGCCCCAGUGGGAAGCCCUCUGGAUCAGCAGUUAACAUGGGCUCUGUGCAGGGACACUACGUUCAACAGGCCAAACAACGAGUGGAUGAAAAACCCAGCCUGGGAAGCGUGAAACUGCAGGAGGCCCCCUCCGCUGCCUCCCAGAUGAAGCGAACUGGAGCAAUCAAGCCUCGGGCGGUCAAAGUGGAGGAGAGCAAGGCCUGAAGGUGCUUGGCCACGCCUCGCCCCCCACCUUGAGGACAGGGCCGCUGCUCGGCCUGGACACAGCCAGACUCGCGGACAUCUCGGACACCUCACCAGAUCCACCGUCCAACCACCUGGCCCAGACUGAGAGACCUCCCUUCCCUUCUCCACUCCCGAAAGCUCUGUGUCCAGCCAGCUUGCCCCCGUGGAUGUGGCAUUGACCUGCUCGCUUUACUACGAAGCAAACAAGCAAGCAAACGA